AUGGUUCAACAAGAUGUCCACGAGGUUACUCGGCUUGUUCAUAGCUUAGAGGCUGCAAGCGGUAAGAAGAAACAGCUGGGGAAAAAGACAUUUUCCUGCAAGAAGAGCACCUUUCCUGUUUCGGGAUCAGAUAUCAGUGUGGACUCGUGGAGGUUCCAGGAUUGGGAUUACAAGCGGGAUGACUUGCCAACCUAUGCGCGUGGUUUGUUUACGACCAGGAAUGAGAAAAAUCAAUAUGAAAUCGCUAUUCGAGGAUAUGACAAGUUCUUCAACGUGGAUGAAGUGAAUUUGACACGAUGGAGAAACAUUGAGCACAAUACCAGGGGACCGUAUGAGCUAAGCGUCAAAGAGAAUGGUUGCAUUAUUUUUAUAUCUGGCUUGGAGGAUGGCACGCUGCUUGUAUGCAGCAAACACUCCACGGGCGCCAGGACUGAUGUCACCCUCAGUCACGCAGUUGCUGGUGAGAACUGGGCGAAGCGACAUGUAGCCGCUGUUGGUAGGACGAUGGCAGAUUUGGCUAAGGCAUUGAGAAAAGCGAAUUUAACUGCUGUUGGCGAGCUUUGUGACGACCGUUUUGAGGAGCACGUUCUCCCUUACGACGAGGAGGCCUCCGGUAUCUAUCUUCAUGGCCUGAACUACAACGUUCCCGAAUUCGCUACCCUACCUAGUCUUGAGGUUCACAAAUUUGCCGAUGAAUGGGGAUUUAAGAAAGCGCAGUUCCUCAUGAAGGAUUCCCUUUCCGAAGUAAAGGCCUUCUUAGAGAAGUGCGCAGAGACAGGGUCGUGGGACGGUAGGGACACCGAAGGCUUUGUUAUCCGGUGUCAACUAAGUGAAGGAGGUGUCGGCCCAUAUAGAGACUGGUUUUUCAAGUACAAAUUUGAAGAACCAUACCUCAUGUACAGGCAGUGGCGUGAAGCCACCAAAGCAAUAAUUGCAGGCAGACAGCCAAAAAUCAAGAAGCAUGUGGCUAUUACAGAGCAAUAUCUACAAUAUGCUAGGAGGCAACUUGCUCAGGACCCUAAGCUUGCAAAGCUCUACAAUCAAAAUCAUGGCAUCAUCUCGAUGAGAGAUGGCUUCUUGAAAGAAAGAGGAAUGAAGGGCUCAGAUAUCAUUGCCAUGGAAUUAGCGCAGGGAGAAGGGACUUCCCCUCUUGCUAAGGUGACACAAGAUAUUGUCUUAGUGCCAGUAGCUUCAAUCGGGUGUGGCAAAACCACCUUAGCCCUCGCACUUGUUAAGUUAUUUGGCUGGGGCCAUAUCCAGAAUGAUAACAUUCAGGGACCGAAGAACCGUCCGAAGAGAUUUGCACAGGAGGUGACCUCUUCUCUUGCAACUCAUGGGGUCGUCAUCGCAGAUCGUAACAAUCACCAAAAGCGGGAAAGGAGCCAGAUCAUUGAUGAUGUUCUACGAGUUGUACCAAAUGCAAAAUUUGUUGCGCUCCACUAUGUCCAUGAACCCAAGCAAUUAUUGCUCCAUGAUAUUAGAAAAGUCACUCAGGCAAGAGUUCUAGAACGAGGGGACAACCAUCAAACGAUCCAAGCCGGUAGCAAAGACCGGGACUCCGUAAUUGGGAUUAUGGAGGGGUUUUUGAGUCGAUUCGAGGCUGUGGACACCAACCUUUACCCUGACGACGGUUUUGAUGAAGUGAUCGAUCUGGAUGUGACCACCUCUUCUCGUGAAAAUCUGGAGAAGGUCGUCUCAGCCCUACACUCCUCAUUCCCAAAACUCAUGGAGGGCAAAAUGCCAACUUCAUCAGACCUAGACAACGCCAUCGAUGAAGCCAUGAAAAACUACAAAGUCGACACAAAGCACGACCUCAAAUUCUCGAAUAGCAAUAAGUUCUCAAAACAAACAGCACCACGAGAAUCUCCCGACCAGCUCGCCAAGCGCAUAGAAUACUUCAACAUCUCCUUGAACUCAAACCAAAUAACCACCCUACUCGCCUCGCUCUUCUCAUCCUCCACCAUCCCACCCGAAAGGAGGAAACUAUACAGCCACCUCAAAAACUCCCGUCGCAUCCAGACUUCCUUCCACGUAACCCUAAUCCACCGUGCCUCCCAAAAAACCCACCCAGACAUCUGGGCCUAUUACACAAACCUCUACAAAGCCGCCAUCCAAAAAGAGCAACCGAAUCCUGCAAACGGCUACGUUCUCGAAACACCAAUCCUAGGCACCACCCGUGUCCGCAUCGAGCGCCUCGUCUGGGAUGAUAGAAUUAUGGCCUUUGUCGCGCGCAUCUGCCCGCGGGAGGGAGAUUCAUGGCCAUGCGCGAAUGAUAUCCCCCAUAUCACAGUCGGCACGGCGGCGCCAGAAGUGAAACCGAAGGAAAGCAAUGAUUUGUUGAAACGUUGGCUGGAGGUUGGAGCUGGGGCUGAGACGGGUAUUUGGGAGGCUGAGGUGCCUUCUGUCACAAUGUUGGAGGGGAGUGUUGGGGAGGUGCUGAUGAAAUGA